AUGGAUCUGGAAGGCGUUAAACUCGAUGUUGUAAUUAAUCAAUCUAAGCUUUCAAACAGUAUCUCAAUAAACCAAAAAGAUACUAGCCAAAACACUGAAGCGAUCAAUCAACUCAGAGACCAAUUGUCUAAUAUGCAAAGCAGAAUUGUUGAUUAGAAGCCAAACAAGAUAAUCCCCUACCAAAGAAAUUAACAACGAAUGAGAAUUCCCCGGAGAACAAUGAGAGUAAGACUGCCUCGCCGCCAACACAACCUCCAUUGAAUCAGUUAAACAAUGUCGAAAUAUCGAUUAUAAAACCCUUGGCCUUGGAUGAAAAUACAAAUCAAUCACGCGUUAAUUUAGAAAGCAAUCAAGAUCAAAACGAGUGGUUGAACCCUGCGCUUGAUCCCCUAGAACUAAAUAAGACAGACAAAAUUUCCCACAUAAACAAAUGUGAAAUUAAGGAAGCGACUAACAUUCAAUACAAUGAUCAAGGCGAAGCUAUUCGAAAUGCCGAUUGUUCUCCUGAACAAAGUGUCAUACGCAGAAUUAAACCUAAACCUAACACCAAAUACAAAUGCCAUAAAACAUCAUUGAAUACAAUUAAUAGUCUAAAACAAAUGGCAAACGGCACAACAAACGUCACACACUGCGACACGAAUAACAGGAUAGAACAUAGCGAUCAGGAUCAAAGCGAAAAGAAAUAUAAACACAGUCUACCUAGCAAACAACCACACGAAUGGUUGAAAUGGCUACCUUUGCUUGAGGCCUAG